AUGUCUUCUUCUUCUUCUUCUUCUAACUCGCAAACUCAAAACAACAACAUGAAGAACGGGAUGCCUGUUAGCGGUGGUGGUGUUCACGCGUCUCGUCGAGAUGACCACGUUCGCGAGCUGAAGAAGCUCUUGGAUCGUGGCGAUGCUGCUGCGAUUGUCAAGAAGGGCCUAGCUAUGAAAGUUGCUGAAGCGGCGCGAGGGAUCUUGACGAUAGUGAUUCGCGCUGCCACGGUCAAUGCCGAUAACAAGUCUGAUGGCAAAGUAAACACCAUCACCUUUGCAACCCCCUCCCCCUCCUCCUCCCCUCAGGGCCUCCAGGCGAAGUAUCCGACGCCAGCUCGAGCCAAUCCAAAAAUCAAGUUCGUCGGGCGAGCCACCAAUUGGCACGGUCCAGGAGUCGAAGAUUUACGAAAGACGCUGAAGGAGGAGAGAGGGCUUUUGUUGGCUUGUGAGAGGAAGCGGCAGAGAGAGGAGGAGAGAGAUGCUGCGGAGUGGGAGAUGGUGGAGAAUGACGGGGAGGAGGAGUGGAUUAAGGUUUGAUUGAUUGAUUGAUUGAUUGAUCCGGGUGCCUUGCUUUGCGUUAGAUGAGGAAUGGAUGGAGUGUGAGGGCUUUGAGAGGAACGGAUAGGUGGAUUAGAAAGGAUAGCGGAAUCGCAAGGUAGAGAGAAUAAUCGAUGUCUUCCCCAUUCAUAACCCUACAUUCCGCACCAUUCCGUUCAUCAACU